UUUCCUCUGGACAUCCGUAAUCCAAAAGCUUCAGGAUGACUGCAGGUUCCAUCGUGGCUCCAUUCAUAAUUCCUAUUCGGAUUCCAACCCCUGGAAAAGCCAAGCAUGAGAUAGACACCAACACACCCAUUGAGCUUAAGUCAGACACCCCUGAUGUGAGUAUUUUCUACACUCUGGACGGCACUAAACCGGAGGUGCCACGAAGGCCAAGGCUUGGACAAAGCAGCACAAUGAGAUACACCGUGCCCAUUCGCUUACCCAGCGGCAAAGUGCACGUCAGGGCCAUGGCAGUGACCAGUGAUGGAAGACAGAGUGCCGUUGUUACAAAGGUCUUCGUCGUGGAUUUCGUGCCCUCCGAGCUAGAAGAAGCAUUAGAGGAGACUCAAGAGUACUCUACACAGAGUUUGGAGCAAACUGACACUUUACCAGUUUUUCCAACUGAAAAGCAAAUCCCAGACAUUUCUGAAAACGGUACACGACGAACACGGAAAGUCCCUCGUUUUCUGUCCCAGCGCUUACAAAGUGCACCUGUAGCCCCGCCCGCAAAACUCCAACAGAAUUCGAGUGAGGAGGGCAGUCUGCUCAAAAACCUAAACAGCACGCAGAUAUCCCGCCUCCAGAGAGAAACAGACUUUCUCAGGUGCUUUAAAUGUUUGAGCCAUCGGCCCUCGGACCCCUUCGCAAGAUUCUGCCUAAACUGUGGUGCCCCAGUGCCUCCAAUCCCAGGACAGAGGCUGCCCCCUACUGAGGGGGGUCAGAUGAUCCUUUGUGUCCAGUGUAAGAGCCUGGUGCCGGCGAACACGUCCUCGUGCGUGGUGUGUGAGGCUCCGAUUUCCCCACAGCUUCAACCGCAGGCCAGCCUGAGGCUGAAGGACAAACUGAUCUGUCCGUCAUGUGGAACAGGAAAUCCCGCUCACCUCACUUACUGUGUGACAUGUGAGACCAAAUUGUCUCAUGCCGAUAGUCCUGUGCUGAGCGGACAGCGUGCUCCUCCUUUACCGUCCUCAGAAGGGAAGAUGGUCCCAUGCUCGAAAUGCAACAGAGUGAACCACUCAGACGCUCGAUUCUGCGACUGGUGUGGUGCCAAGCCUGGACACAAGGCCAAGUACCUGACCUGUUCUCAGUGUGGUGCUAGCAAUCAUCCGUAUGCAAACUUCUGUGGAAGCUGUGGUGUGUUUCUGGAAGGUCCACCGCGAGCGUCCACCUCCAGUACGCGACUGAGUGCACGAGACAGCACGCUGGAACCUGAGCAGAGUUCAUCUACAUGUCAGGCUCCUGCAGCAGGUGUGACAGGGUGUGUGGAUGCCCAGACCCAGACCACUGGCCUCUUCUACCCCAGCAGUGCUGAGCUGCAAAAGCGGAGCCAGCAAAGAGAGGCGGAGCUUAGCAGACAGGGGCAGAUGAGUGACAGGAAGCCUUUGCUCACGGCUAUCAGUCCUGGACGAGGUUUCUGGAGAAAGCAGCUGGAUCACAUCUGUGCCCACUUGCGCAGUUACACGCAAAACAACAGCGAGUUCAGAGCUCUGAUUGGAGAACCGCGGAUGGGCAGGCUGAUCUCCGCAGUGAUCGAAGAAGACAGCUAUGAAGUCAGCCUGCGCGUUAACUUCAUCUUGGCGUCUCCAGACAGACCCGGGGCAUCCCCAUCAGCAGACUUGAACAGAUCAUUGAAUGAGAAACUCAACCUCAGCGACGUUACUGAGGGGAGGACCAAACUAACAACCAGCCAGACCAGCCUAAACGCAUUGAGUGAGACCACAACAUCUGGACUGAGUGCUAGGAACCGGAAGAAGAGCUCCACUUUAGCCACAGCUGAGCGACAGCCUGACUUCAAAGACAGCCUGUUGCUGAGGGAGGUGGGGCCGGAGGGGCGGGGCCGAAUCGCAGUGGUGGAGCAGCUCUUGGAUGAGGGUGCCAACCCAUCAUGCCUGGACAGCGGCGAGCGCCCACCUUUGGUUGCUGCUGUGCUAAAUGGACACCAUGAUGUCAUUCCUAUGCUGGUGCAGAAAGGGGCAGAUGUCGACCAGCUUUCAGGGCCGUUGAAUAACAGCGCCCUGCACGAGGCUGCAGCUUUGGGGACUGAGGGGUUAAGAAGUGCGGAGAUCCUUCUCGGAUGCAACGCAAGUUUAAGAAUACUGAACAACGUCGGUCAGACGCCGUACAACAUGGCUGAGGCUUCAGGCUGCAGCUCGAUGCUUUCACUACUAGCGGCUCACACGGGUAAAGGCGGGAUCAACACCCGGAGCUCCUCUGGACUCGACACGUUCUCUUAAACAGAAAGGUGUUUCUCAGAGCACAUGGAAAGCCUGAACUGCUCGAUUUGUAACUGGAGAAGAUAUCACUGCUGUUUCAACUUAAAGAGAUCAGAUAUGGCCUGCGUGCCAUCAGUUUAUCUGUUUUUAGUUUCCUAUUUCAAACAAAUUGCAUUUGAAUUAUUGUUUCCAGUAAAUACAAAUGAUAUCAA